AUACCAUGGAUAUAUUGUAUCAGCUUCACACCACGUGAUCUGGUGACGUGCUCGGUGACGUGUUCUGGUGACGUGUUCGGUGAUCACGUGGUGUGUCGGUCAGCUGACUCGUCUUCCGGGUUCCUGGUCGGUGUUUACUUUGUGAGCUGCUCGUCUUCCUCUUUCUGGAUCUGAACUGGAGUCAGAGCCGUGUGGAGAAGCCAUGGACGCCUCGGAGAGCGACGAGGACUCAUAUAACGAGAGGACGGCGUUGGUCCCGUCUGAGAAUCCAGUGGUGCCGUCCUACAGACCAGAUGAUGACCUCAGCCCCCCCAACGACACCCCAGUAAAGCCUGCGGUGACCAGGAGGGCGGGUCCAGCUGCUGUGGACGGUGGCGGUGGCGUUGGCGGUGGCGGUGGGGGCGGAGGCGGAGGCGGAGGCUCAGAUCAGGAGGUGGAUGCAGACGAUGAGGAGCUCACUCUGAAGUACGGCGCCAAACACGUCAUCAUGCUGUUCAUCCCCGUCACCCUCUGCAUGGUGGUGGUGGUCGCCACCAUCAAGUCCGUCAGCUUCUACACAGAGAAGACCGACCAGCAGCUGAUCUACACGCCGUUCACGGAGAACACCGCGUCUGUCGGCCGCCGGCUCCUCAACUCCGUCCUCAACACCAUCAUCAUGAUCAGCGUCAUCGUGGUCAUGACCAUCUUCCUGGUCGUCCUCUACAAGUAUCGCUGCUACAAGUUCAUCCACGGCUGGCUCAUCCUGUCCUCCCUCAUGCUGCUCUUCUGGUUCAGCUUCAUGUACCUGGGUGAGGUGUUUAAGACGUACAACCUGGCGGUGGACUACCCCACGGUGGGGGUGAUCAUCUGGAACUUCGGGGCGGUGGGGAUGAUCUGUAUCCACUGGAAGGGCCCCCUCCAGCUGCAACAGGCCUACCUCAUCCUCAUCAGCGCCCUCAUGGCCCUCGUCUUCAUCAAAUACCUGCCCGAGUGGUCGGCCUGGGUCAUCCUGGGUGCCAUCUCCAUCUACGACCUGGUGGCCGUCCUGUCUCCUAAAGGUCCUCUCAGGAUGUUGGUGGAGACGGCUCAGGAACGCAACGAGCCCAUCUUCCCCGCCCUCAUCUACUCCUCUGCCAUGAUGUGGACGGUGGGGAUGGCGAGCCCGGUGGACGCUCAGCGCUCCGGAAACGAAACAGACGAGGAGGCGGAGCAGAGCAGUGGGGGGGCGGAGCCUGAGAGCAGACAGACCCGGUCGUUUCCAGAGGAUGACCUGGAGGAGGACCGAGGGGUGAAGCUCGGUCUCGGUGAUUUCAUCUUCUACAGCGUUCUGGUUGGAAAAGCUGCAGCGACGGGUGGAGACUGGAACACCACACUCGCCUGCUUCGUCGCCAUUCUUAUCGGUCUGUGCCUGACGCUGCUGCUGUUGGCCAUCUUUAAGAAAGCUCUGCCGGCGCUGCCCAUCUCCAUCACCUUCGGCCUCGUCUUCUACUUCUCCACAGACUUCCUGGUUCAGCCCUUCAUGGACAACCUGGCUGAUCACCAGUUUUACAUCUGAGAGGAAGCCCCGCCCACCUCACCUGCCGCCGCCUCCUCGUCAUCGUCUUUAUCUUCAUCAUCGUUAUCUUCCUCAUCAUCCCACGGGGCCGCCGCCAACUCUCGAUUGUAACGUACAAAGACUAUGUCCUGCGCCCGUCUUCUACUCAUCUUUAAACGUCUGUUUGGGGAACCAAACCACAGGAAGUGAUUCGAUGCAGACAGAGGAAGCCGGCGUGGCGGCGGCACGUUACCUGCUCAGGUGUGUUCCUGAUCACCUGCUGACGAAUAGUUUAAAGAUCCCGUAAAGUCUCUGAAUCUUACGCUCGCUGUGAUGGCUGCAUGUGAUUGGCCGACGCUCCCGUCAGUCAACGCCAACAAGCUGCGGGUUGUUAUCGACUGUCCUGAUUGGUUCCCACAGCCUGCUACACGGUGAAGGCGUCAUGUGACCUGACGCCACCGCUGUGAUGCAGGUUGUUCACUCUUUAACACUAAACCAGCUGAUUUAUAUAAUUAACAUUUUAUUAAUAAUUAGGAAUAAUCACGGCGUGAGGCGGAGCGCUAAACGACCUUAUCAGAACGCUACAGCGAACGUAAAAUGAGACUAAACAUCACAGCAGAACGUGAGAUUCUGAACUAAAAUCCAAACUUUAAUAUUUCUUCGGUGGAACAAGUUUGUAAAUUUAUCACCAACGGUUAAAUGUUAUUUUAUUUUUAUUUGACAGAAUAUUAAUGUUGUAAAUGUACCAACAUUUAAACUCAGAUUAGCGUUGAUGAAUUCAGCUAAACCUUUUUAAACAGAACCAACUAUCUGCUGCUCACAGCCCAAUAAAACCAGAGAUUAAAAAAAAAGAAUAAAUACUACGAACGCUGAAACACGUUUAUAUUUUAUUUUUUCAUUUCACUUCUUCGAUCUGCAAAAUAAAACCUGCAAGCGUCAACAGAUCUGAUUCAAUCAGUAACUAUUGUUAUGAUCAGUUAUUAGUUUAUAGUUAUUUUCUAAAUGAACACAUUAAACGCUCUCUGGUUCCAGGUUUAGAUGCUUUUCUGUCGUAUAUGUAUAGUAAAUGAAAUAGAUUUGCUUUUCACAAUAAAAGCUCGUUGAAUACAUCAUCAUUUGGGUUGUGAGAAAUUAUAACAGCACAUUUUUCACAAUUUUCUACGCAAACGUUUUAUCAUCGUCCACUCAGAUGGUUUUGGGUUUUUAUUAAAUGAUAAUAAAUGUUUCAGCUCCGUUGUUCUGAACGAGGAGCAUCAGGUCCGCUGUUGGACCGGAAACAUAAUCAGGGAUCUGGAGAAUAACGUCGGAAUAUGAUGAGUAAAACUAAUUUCAUAAGAGAAGAAAGAUGAUAUUUAGAGGAAGAAAUGUUGUUAUAUUUCAAUGUAACGAGAACAAAAUGCAGAGUAUUCACUCGGUCUUAUGCCUUUACUUUGAAAAUAUCACAACUUUAUUCUUGAAAUAUUCUGACUUUCUAGAGAAAUUAUGACUUUUUGUUUCUUAGGAUUUGUUUCUUGAAAUAUGACAACUUUUCUUCCCGAAAUAUUUCAAAAUGUUCUUGUAAUAUUUGGACUUUAUUCUCAAAAUCUCACAUUAUGUUCCUAAUUUUCUGCUGUAAUAUUUGAAACAGAACAUCUAUAUUUGGAUGUUUACAAAACAAGAUAUUAUCAAGUUGUUUUUUACAUUUUGUUUCACCGUUCAAACAUUAUUAGCUUUAUUAACACCAGCCGACUGUCUGACGGGGUCUUUAUAUAUAUUUGGUAGAAAUGAUUCAGGUGUUAUUUACUAUUUUAUUUUGUAACUGAAACAUGUUGAUGAGAUUUUGGUUUAUUUCGUUGUUCUGUGCAAUAAGGUCAAACUGUCAGACUUCUGUCACGAGCUGAAGAAAUAAAAAAUGAUUCUAUCAAACUUUCAA